GGGGGACGUUGGAUACCCCAAAAACUGUGGAUACCGCUUUAAGGCGGCCGCCCUCGCGCGCCUCGUCCCGGGAACAUGCAAAACCGCGGCGCGCUGCCUUAUGGGGCCGCACCGGGGCGCAUGCGCAGACGGAGGGGGGGGGGUGUUCUGUUUGAAGUGGAGCUGCAGUUGGUCCAGCGGACCGAGCCGCUCAAGAGGCAACACAGUAGCUACAUUAUCCUCCUCUUCCUCCUCCCUCCCCCCCCCCUUCCCCACCUACCAAAUAACCCUCUCCUGAAGUUGCCCGCUCGCCUUUAUUUUUGUUGGUGGUGGUGGUGGUGGUGUUUUUUUUCUUUCUUUCUUUCUUUCUUCCCUCAAUCCUCCGCGCUUUCAUGCAUCGCCACCACGAUGCUGGGGCAUUACCCGAGCGUGGAGAAGACCCAGCUGGUCAGCUAUGUGGAGGAGUAUCUCGAGUGUGUGGAGUCGCUGCCUUUGGACCUGCAGAGGAACGUCUCCUUGUUGAGAGAGAUCGAUACGAAGUACCAGGGUAGGUCACGUUUUCGGCACUUUUUCUUUUUUUGGGGGGGCGAGCGAGCUCCCCCCUCGGCGUGCGAUCUGCCCCGAAAGGGCGACCCUGAUUUCCCCCUCCUGCCCCGUCUCCUCUCGAUGCGGCUGCAGGACGACACGGUACCGACCACCAGCACCAGCCCGAGGGGCGACCGCGGACGUGCGCUCCCCCAAGUCGAGACUGACUUCGGGGAAUCAGCCAUUUUGGCAGCGGAUGGGGCCAACGGCGUGGAGGAAGCGGGCGAGGAGCCGGCGCCCAGGGAGAAGAAGUCCAAGUCCUCCAAGAAGAAGAAGCGCUCCAAGGCCAAGCAGGAGCGGGAGGUGUCCCCCGUGGAGUUCGCCAUCGACCCCAACGAGCCCACCUACUGCCUGUGCAACCAAGUGUCCUACGGCGAGAUGAUCGGCUGCGACAACGAGGAGUGCCCCAUCGAGUGGUUCCACUUCUCCUGCGUCGGACUCACCUACAAGCCCAAGGGCAAGUGGUACUGCCCCAAGUGCAGGGGCGACAGCGAAAAGACGAUGGACAAGAGCAUCGAGAAGGCUAAAAAGGACAGAAGGUCUAGGUAGUGACCCGCGUCGGCCUUCUUGUUGUCAUGUUGCUGAUGAAACAAUCCUUCUGGAGACUAAGCGGCGUUCAUUUUGAACCCUGGGUAUGAACGAUACAUCGAAGCUGCCGAACACCUGUUUUCAAUUCAUCUGUUGCUGCACUUAGCCGAGAGGGUAGUACGCAGGACAGAAACAGUGUGGCCACUGAGCGGAAUACUGCAGAGACCUCUCCAUGUUUCCUUAAGAUUACUGCAGGUGACACUGCCAUAACUGCUCUGUAUAGGUGCAUUAUUAUGUGACUUGUGACUUUAUAAAUGGGGCUAUAUUGAGGAACUGAACAUAAAAAGAUUACAGGUAAAAAUCGUAAAAGUAUAUACAACUUCGAGCAUUGAUAGAACAAGGCACAAGACUACAUGUAACUGGGAUACACAGUAUUUGUAGGUGAUGUUGAAAAGAUAUCUUGUAACUUUUUUUUAGUCAAAUUAAAAAUUCUGGCCUUUUUUUUUUAAAAGUCUUCCAAAACCAGUGGCAAACUUUCACUGAUUUCACUGUUCAAUAAUAUUUGGUAUUUCUAAUUUAAUUUUCUUAAGUUUUUCAGUAUUUAAAUAAACCUGUGCCAGCGAU